AUGUCUACCUCACAGUCAACGGGUAUGACACGUAUGACUCGUAGUGUGACUCGUAAAGGAACGCUACAACCAGGAGAACAAGUUAUUGAUAUUUCUACAGGGUCAACUUCAACUGCCUUUCAGGAUAUUGACCCCUUUAAAAAGCCAUAUAAUCCCCCACCGGCUACUAAUAAAGAUGAUGAAGGGUUUAAAACAGUUCAAUCAAAAAAUAAAAAAGCAAAAAAAGAGGAUACUGUGACACAAAAACAAAAAGAAGUCAUGAAGGAGGUCGCCCAAGCAACAUUGGGAAGAAAACAGUCUCAACAGAGCGAAACUGCGGCUGCAAAUGAGUCACGUGACAAUAAUCAUCCCAUUCAGCCGAAUUUAACCAAAAAUAUCACCCCAAUGGAUCUUGACCAAAACAAUGACGAUCAUAAUGCAGGAGAUGAAACCAAUGAAAUUCCUGAUGAUGAAGAUGAUAUUAUUGAUAUAGCAAUUAUGGCUGAAAAGCCACAAUUUAAAGUUUAUUUUGAUUUGGCACAAAUUCCUGGAAAAAGCCAUAUUGGAAAAGUAAACCUCGUGAAAAAACUGCUUGCUCAACAUCAUAUUGCAUGUUUUCCAGGUAGAAUUGAUGCCAAGAAUAUUGAAAUAGAUGGAAAUAUCCAAAAACAGCAUUAUUAUGUUUUUAAAUGUGCUAAUGAAACAGCAUUUGAGAAAAUUUUACGUGAACCCAUUCCAACUAAAAUUAAAAUUAAACAACAAGAUGGUAAAAUUGUGGAACAAGAUUUGAAUGUUACGUUUAACAAAAUAGAAAAAAAAGAAAUUCCGGCUGAAACUCAACAGAAUAUUGAUGAACACACGAUUUUUGUAAACAAGAUUCCUGCAGAAUUGAGGAAUUAUCAGAUUAAAGGUGUUUUUGGUACAUAUGGAAAUAUAGUAAACUUCAAAACUUUUAUGAGAGGGCAGUAUCAAAAUGCUAUUAUCACAUUUGAUGACAAAUCCGCAGUCCAACCAUUUUACUAUACUUGGGGCAUCUUUAUUAACCAACAUUUGGUUAGGGUUAGACCCAAAGUUAUGUCAGAAGAUAAACUACAUGAAAGAACAGCAUAUUACAUUAAACUUGCAGGUUUACCACUAAAUACAUCAGCAUUUGAUUUAAGAGGAUUUAUGGAACGGUAUAAUGUUAAAUAUCUUGACAUUCCAAGAAAUUCUCGCUUUAAUUAUCCAUUACGCUAUUGUUUUGUUUAUUUUCAGAACGAAGAAGAUUUUCAAAUCGCAACCAAACAAGCAUUCUGUUUUAAAGAACACCAAUUAUAUUGGACUGAUGUAGAUAUGAAAACUUGCCACAGGUGUGGCAGUCCUGAACAUCUUGCUAUGCACUGUGAUCAUGAAGACAAUCGUCCAAGAUACAAAAACAGAAAAGAAGUACUUAAAGGUUUUAGACAAGCUAGACAAGAAAGAGAUAAAAAAUAUGGAAGCUAUGCACAAGCAGCUCAACAAGGACGUAAUAGAAGACAAAGUUUUAAUUCACGAAGACCUUGGAAUAGAGCGAAUCUAUCACAUGAUAAUAAAUCACAUGACCAAAAUAAUGUAUUUUCUAUUGACAAACCAAAACACCAGAGGCAAAUGUCGAUGACUAAGAAUACAAUUCAGGAUAGUAAUGUAGCCUUUACCAUUACUAAAGCAAUGGAAAAAUUAGACCAACUUUGUAAAAAUUUUACAGUUUUACAAAAUGAACAACGUUCAAUUAGUAAUGAACUUAAAAGUAUUAAAGUUAAACAAAAUACCAAAGAUACAACUAAACCAAAUACAACAGUUAAUAAAGCAGUGGGAUCUAGUACUAAAGGAGUUACCAGAAAUAAUAACAAACGCAUUCUCUUAGAAGAAUCUUCAGAUGAUUCAACUCAUGAAUUAUCAGACCUUGAAGAACGCUUUAAACAAUCUGAACAAAAAUCUCAAAAUAUGGCUACUGAACUUACAGAUCUCAAAGGUACUAUGCAAAAAUUAUUACAAUUAUUCCAAUCAUCAAAUGAUAAUCAUAAUGUUGAGGGGGACAACACUUAUGAUGAAGAAAUUAUUGAUAUUAGUCAAUAA